CAGGACCGAUUCUGCAUCCCACAUGAAUUACGAAAAUCCUCCACCUUACCCUGGCCCGGGCCCAACUGCCCCUUACCCACCCUAUGCACAGCAACCAGGUGGUCCUCCUGGCCCGUACCCAGGCUAUCCACCUGGACCUACUGGGCCGUACCAGCCAGGCCAACCAGGUUAUCAGGGUUAUCCCCAGUAUGGAUGGCAAAAUGCACCUCCGCCUCCAGGACCAGUGUAUGGAGAUGGGCCUAAAAACACAGUGUACGUCGUGGAGGAGCGGCGGAGGGAUGACACAGGCGAGAGCGCCUGCCUGACAGCAUGCUGGACCGCGCUCUGCUGCUGCUGCCUCUGGGACAUGCUGACCUGACUCCACUGCAGCCGCCUCCUGUACCUCUCACUGAGUGCUAUGCAGGCUCCCCACUCCCAUCCUGACUUCUUUCUGUUACUGUAAUCAACGCUCUGCUUUGCACAGCCAAGAGUUCCCGUCUGUCAGUCCUAGCGCCUUGUUGGGGUGGGGGGUGCACUCCUUUAUUUUAGUAAAGGAAAAAUCCCUUUUUAACAUUUCUAAGACUUUUGUUGUAACUUUGAAGAAUGUACUAAUGGUGUAUUUCAGCCAAAGGCAUUCUGAUGAAAUGUGUAUUUAUCAGUUGAAAUUUUCCUAGUCCUAGAAAUGAAGACAUACGCAAUAAUUAAAGCCAACAGAUGAUUUUCUUUGCUAG